UUCUAACUCUUUGUUGGAAGUUCCAGUUUCGCCGGAUGAUAAGAUAGCUGCGAGAGCAUAAAGCCAACUGGUUGACACCAAUAUCGCUAGUUUACAGCAAAGAUGCUGCGCUUUUUGAUCUUGCUGCCACUCGGAGUUUUCCUGGGGAUCCGUAUCCUCGGUAUCCGUGCGGAUUGCAAUGUGUGCGCCUCCGUGAGCAACGUGGCCUGUAUAUCGAACACCGCGUUUCAAUUCUGCUCGAGCGCAUUGCCUUUUGGUCCCGUUUACACAUGUCCCACGGGAUAUUAUUGCACGGCAAAUGACGCUACGUGCAACACAGAUGUGGGACAAAGAUCCUGUAUAGGCUGUGGCACCUGCGACAGCAGCAACACUUUUGCGUGCCUCACCGCGACGACUUUUGCCCUGUGCCUGGGCACAUCGACUCCUUCCCAGCUCGUCGGAAGUUGUGGCUCCAGCUAUGUCUGCAACUUCAAUAAUCCGUACAUUUGUGGCAGUACAGCGGCGGGAUUCCAGGCCACUUGUCCGGGUGAUAGCACUAGUACUGGAGUGGAUGUCUCGACAGUAACACCCACCACCUAUUGUUCCACCGUCCAGCAGAAAGGACGAUAUCCCGUUGGCAUUGAUCUCAACACCACCUGCAGGCAGUACAUAUAUUGUUUUCUGAAUGCAAGUAACUGGGCAGGAGGCCUCUACGACUGUCCUGGACAAACGUACUUCAAUAGCUCAUCGCAGUACUGCGGCAGCGCAGUGCCAGCCAGGUGCACCACUGGAGUCGCCACCUUGACACUUACCAAUCCAUAA